UUAAGUGGACUGGACCAACCAUCCUCUCGCUUGAAGCACAACCAUCACAGACCUCUCUCUCUCUCUCUCUCUCUCAUGGAUUCCAAAAGUUUAGGAGCAUCUCACAGACUGAUAGACUUGGCUCAACGGCUUCGACUCUUCAAACCUGUUUCCCCUCCCGGCAACAAUGACGACAAUUCCAUUGAAGACCCAGCGGUGCAUCAAAAUGGAUUCAAGUUGAUCCCUCAAGAACUGGGCGCUAGCGGUGCAGAAUUAGCGGCAAACCCAAUCGCCAAACCGCCCGAAAGAGUCGGACGCAAGAGAGCCGCAGUCCUGAUCUGCCUCUUCGAAGACGAGGAAGGCGAUCUCCGAGUUAUUCUCACCAAGAGAUCUUCCACACUGUCCACUCAUUCCGGAGAUGUUUCGUUGCCAGGUGGGAAGACGGACGAAGGCGAUGCCAAUGAUAUUGAGACAGCGCUGAGGGAGGCCAAGGAGGAGAUUGGCUUAGACCCUUCACUUGUAAACGUUCCCGCUGUUCUUGAACCCAUUUACACCAAGUCUGGAAUGGUGGUUGUUCCAGUGAUUGGCAUACUUCCAGACAAAAGGGCAUUCAAACCUAUCCCAAAUACAGCAGAAGUGGAAGCCAUAUUUGAUGCCCCUCUAGCUAUGUUUCUUAAGAAUGAAAAUCGAAGAGCCGAAGAAAGAGAAUGGAUGGGAGACAAAUAUCUGCUCCACUUCUUUGAUUACGAAGCAGAGAAUGGGAAAUAUGUGAUAUGGGCUUUAACAGCUGGUAUUUUGAUUAGGACAGCAACACUUGUGUACCAGCAGCAUCCAGACUUCCAAGAACGCAGGCCUAAGUUCUGGACUAGAAGUUGCUAA